AGUAGGGUUGUCUCCGGCCGUCAGAUAUCCAAAUGAACUCCUACGGUUUGUAGACAGAAUUAAAAAUUGAAUUAGACCGCUUUCCCACAAGAAAUCACCCACACAAAAGGAGCGACAACCUGCCGCCCGCGCCCAGAUCCCUGGUCGUCUAUUUUCCGUGCCCUGAGUUUGAUUUCGAUCUAAACUUUCGUUGUUUCGUUAUUCUGCCUCUGUCAUUUGCCGCGCGUCCCAUACAUUUUGUUAUUGCAUUAGCGAGUGCAUAUUAUUAUUGUUAUUAUUUGUGUGUUUUUGUUUACUGUGACUUUUCGUUUUGAACUCGAUGGUGCACCAGAACACACAGCCUCAGCCACAUCCACAUAGCACACUGAAAGAAAACCAAGAAACCCAACCCGACACCGAAACUGAAUAGACGCAAAUACCGAACCAACGAGACCCUUUCCAAAGACAAGUCCAAAAUGGCCAAAAUGUACGGAAAGGGUAAGACUGCGAUCGAGUCGGAGGAGCAGCAGAAGCGACGCUGGCAGAUCGAGCUGGAGUUCGUGCAGUGCCUGUCCAACCCCAACUAUCUCAACUUCCUAGCGCAGCGCGGAUUUUUCAAGGACCAGUCGUUCAUCAACUACCUUAAGUAUCUGCAGUAUUGGAAGGAGCCGGACUAUGCCAAAUACCUCAUGUACCCAAUGUGCCUCUACUUUCUUGAUCUACUGCAGUACGAGCACUUCCGCCGCGAGAUUGUCAACUCGCAGUGCUGCAAGUUCAUAGAUGACCAGGCCAUCCUCCAGUGGCAGCACUACACUCGCAAGCGGAUCAAACUGAUCGAGAACGUGACGGCCGCCCAGCAGCAACAGCAGCAAUUGCAGCAGCAACAGCAGGCGAAUGGCGUCGAGGCUGCAACGGGAGGAGAAGCAGCGGCAGCCACGCCCAACGUAAACGGAGCAGCUGCCACGGCGGAUGGCCAGGCGGCGGCAACCGCUCUGCAGCCUGUUCAAACCCAAGCGGGAAAUCCCCAGCAGCAGCAACAGAUUAAUGGUCUUGCAUCAGCGGCCAACAUCAAACUAGAGUUAAACUAGCGCUGGCAACCACAAGUUUACCAAUAAAAUAGUUUAAGCCCAAGAA